AUGGCGUCCGCGAGGGCGAAGGGGCCCGCCUUCUGGCGGCGGCUCUGCCGCGCCCGCCGGGCCCUCGGCGCGGCCGGCGCGGCGGCGGUGCUGGCCGCGCUGCGCCACGUGCUGCUGGCCCAGGCGCAGCUUCCCGCCCGCGGCGCGGCCGCGGGCGGCCUGGCGGCGCCGGCGCCCGCGCCCGCGCCAGGCGGCGCAGCGGCUGCUGCCGCCGAGGCUGCGCCGAGGCCCGCAGGUGCUCCUGCCGUGGCGGCGGGCACGGCAGCUGUUGCUGGCGAGAUUGCGCCGAGGCCCGCGGAUGCGCCCGCCGUGCCGGUGGGCGCCGGCAGCGAGGAGAUCUGGGCGUACUGCGCGGGGGAGUCGAUGUACUGCGCGUGCCCUGGCCGGAUCCGCUGGGGCAACGACGAUGUCUGGAAGGAGUUCCCGGCCCAGGAGCAGGCCCGCAGGUGCAACAACGAGGAGCUCGGCACGAAGCCGCGCAUGAACGCCGGCAAGCACUGCGAGUGCGCGGUGCGGCCAGGGUCGCUGUUCUACGAGCAGCGCGUCUCGCCAGGCUCCCCAGACAUCUGGCGCCGUGACUUUUCACAACGUGGACCCCAGAGGUCUGGACCCCUCCCCCCGGCACGGGUUUUCAGCCGCCCGAGCUGUUUUCUGACGGCCCGGGCCAAGGGCCCCAAGAGGCCGAGCACG